CUAGCUAGCCAGCUAGCAAAAUAGUACGCUGACUAAACUAGAAUGUAAAAGUCGUUGGUAGGACGGCAGACAGAAGUGUAAUUCCACAAUGGCGUCUGCUGUGAAUGGCAGAUCAUCACCUGUGUCUCAGGUCUUAUUCCUGAGUGAAACUGGAAAACCUAUGCACUUCUACCUGCGGCCAGGUCCUGCCAAAGCCCAGCUUCAGCCCCUUAUCAAGGCUGGUGGAGGUGUGGUGACCAGCGUUCAGAUGCCCAAAGCCAUUCUAUUGGCUGACCCAGAGGAUCUGGCUGCAGUCCCGGCCAGCACAGCGCACUGGUACGUCUCUACCCAGUACAUACGUGACUGUGUGGAGAAGAACCAACAGCUGGAGGUGGAGGACUACCGAUUCAGCACUGACAUACCCAGAGUGCAGACUCGAGCUAGCAAGCGCAAGCUGAAUGGGAGCGGGCGUCUGGGCUACACGGCAGAGGAGGACGCUGCCAUCCUGCGUUUCGUCAGCAAGCGCAAACACGAGGUGCGCGGGAACCGCGUGUGGCAGCAGAUGGAGAAGCAGCAUGUCACCAGUCACAGCUGGCAGUCCAUGAAGGACAGGUACCGCAAGCACCUGAUUCACCAGCCCCCAGCAGAGGAUAGCAGGACGGAAAAAAGUGAGGAGGCAAAAGAACGUUCCCUUAACAAAGACUCUCCUCAGCCCUCGCCAGUAAAGGACACUGCACAGCCCUUGCCUGAGGAAAGACUCCCACAGGCUUCUCCUGAGGAGAGGUGUGCAGAGUCCCCGCCGGAGAGAAUGCACCCCCAACUCUUGCCCGAGGAAAUACAGCCUCAGCCCUCUCCUGAGAGGACUCGCCCACAAGGCCCACCUGAUAGAACCCAGGAACAACCCUCACCCGAGAAAACUCAACCACAAGAGCAAACCUGUUUACAAGUUGCGUCUGAAACGACCAGUGCGCUGCCUGUGGUUGAGAAUGUAAAGCCCCAGACAUCGUCUGAGAUGGUUCAGGUGCUGUCUUUGGCCAGGGAAGGCAACCCGCUGGGAGAAGAAUCUGCAGGAACCUCCAAUAUGCCCACAGUGAGCAAUGAGGAGAUGGUGGGCACGGAGCACAUAGAGGAGGAGGAAGAUGUGCUGACUUCCACUCCAAAAAGGAGGAAACUGGGCAUCCUGGAAAGAGCAAUGAAGGAGUUUGAGGAAUCAGAGGAGACUGAUGAUGAUACUCCAGACAUAGUUAUUGGAAGCACAGCCAGCGCUGAUCCCAAAGCUUUGGGUAAUGGGACACCGGUCAUUACCUCGGAACAAGUGAUUCAGCCAAACAACAGUGGCAAAGAAGCUCACUCUGAGGCACAGUCUGAGAGUCCAAAUGUCCAGAGUGGCGCUCCUGUCGACAGCAUAAGGACUGAGGACACUGGCGCAGAACAGAGGUCUGUCCCUUCAACCUCCAACGUCCACAUGGUCCUCUUGGACCGGGAAUUGCAGGAAGAGGACCUUUCCCAGGCUACGGACCCCCCUUUCUCUCAGGCUCAGUUGGAGGAAGCAAAGCAGCAGCUGUGUGACCUGAUGAGAAAGUCCAAACAGGGCCUGGUUAGUGUUACCAAAUCCCUCUUGAGGAACAGUGGUGAUGUGCCAGCCUCCCUGCACUACUUGCUCACUGGACAGAAUCUGGAGGCUCGGAGGCCCCUCUGGGAUCAGCGUGACGACAGUCUCCUUCUAUCAGCUGACCCCUCUGAGCACAAGCUCCAUGAGAAAUAUGGAGAGGUGGCUGUGGCCAAGCGGAUCGCUUUUCUUGACAUUGAGUGAAACAGGAUCUGGUUGACUCAGGGGUUUGCUAAGUGGAACAGCUGUUUGCAAUAUCGCUAACUCCUGCUCCAUGCCAGGUUCUGGGGUGCUGGAGUGGAUGGUUUUGCAUUUAUCUUUUCAUGUUGUCUUUUGUUUCUCAUUUCAUCUGGAUUUCGUUUUUUAAGCUCUGUAACUGAGAAAAUGCAUCAUUCAGAGCCCUAGUCAAAGUGUAUAUCUAACUACCUGACAUCCUUUUGGACUAUCAUUUUUAAUUAGAAUUGUGUGAUAUUUGUGGAAAACAGAACAAAAAGUGUAUAUUCUUUGUAAAAAGGUCAUAUUCAGAUUUAAUUACAUGUUUUUAAUGAAAAAAAAUUGAAAUGAUUUUAAA